AUGUGGCUUCUGGUUCUGUGCCUCUCCCUGCCCCUGGGGGGCACUGGCGCCGCGCCCCUCGUCCAGGCCCGGAUCAUAGGCGGCUGGGCAUGUGACAAGCACUCCCAGCCCUGGCACGUGGCUGUGAACCGCGGUGGUCUCACAGCGUGCGGGGGCGUCCUGGUGCACCCCCAGUGGGUGCUCACAGCCGCCCACUGCUUCAGCGACAACACGCAGGUCUGGCUGGGGCUGGACCGCCUGCUGGAGGACGGAGCCGAGGCCACGCUGGCGCAGGUGGCCCGCAGCUUCCCGCACCCCCUCUACAACCUGAGCCUCCUGGGGAGCGCGAACCUCACGGCCGGGGAAGACGACAGCCACGACCUCAUGCUGCUGCGGCUGGCGGAGCCCGCGCGGCUCUCGGGCGCCGUGCAGGUGCUGGGCCUGCCCACCCGGGACCCCCGAGAGGGCAGCACCUGCAUCGCCUCGGGCUGGGGCAGCAUCAAGCCGGAGAAGUUCUUGCGCCCCAGGAGCCUCCAGUGUGUGGACCUCCGUCUCCUGUCCAGUGACGAGUGCAGAAACGUCUACUCUGAGAAGGUGACAGAGUUUAUGCUUUGUGCCGGCCACUUGGAAGGCGGCAAAGACACCUGCAAGGGGGACUCCGGGGGCCCCCUGGUCUGUGACGGUGAGCUGCAAGGCCUCACCUCGUGGGGCGGGAUUCCGUGCGCCCGGGCCAGGCAGCCGGCUCUCUACACCAAGCUGGUGCGGUACCGGAAGUGGAUCGAGGACACCAUGGCAGCCAACCCCUGA